GUUGGAUGGUGGCCAUGGUGUGGUAGGGUGCAGCGGAUAAGCUUUGGGCUAGUGCGCGGCGCUAGCAGCCCUAUCCGCCGCCUCGCAGGACGUUCCGCGACGCCGCAAUAUCGGAAUUUCGGUUGUUAAGAUGGCGCGCGGGAAAUUGAUUGUGUUUGAGGGUCUGGAUCGCGCGGGGAAGACGACGCAGUGCCAGAGGCUUGUUGAGGCGCUGCGGGGCGAGGGCCGCGAUGUGAAGUUUAUGCGGUUUCCAGAUCGAACAACGCCUAUCGGGCAGAUGAUAAACAGCUACCUCGCAGGUGAUAGCGAGCAGGAAGAUCACGCCAUCCAUCUCCUCUUCUCCGCUAAUCGGUGGGAGGCCGUCCCCACAAUCCUCACAGCAAUCGCCCAAGGCACAACCGUGGUCAUCGACCGCUACUACUACUCAGGUAUUGUCUACUCCGCCGCAAAGCAGAACCCCAGCAUGUCCUUGUCCUGGUGCCGGCGCCCUGAUGUCGGGCUGCCGCGUCCCGACCUCGUCCUGUUCCUGCACAUCGCGCCCGAGGAGGCAGCGGCCAGGGGCGGGUUUGGGGUGGAGCGGUACGAGAAGAGUGAAAUGCAGGAGCGGGUGAGGGGGCUAUUUGAGGAGGUUGGAGCGAGGGAGAAGGGGUGGGUCGUGGUGGAUGCGGGGAAGGGGAUGGAUGAAGUUCAGGAGAGUAUUCAAGAGAAGGUGAAGGAGCGUAUGCGGGAGGUUGAUGAGGAAAGGGCGCCGUUGGGGGUGGUGGAGGAGUGGUGAGGGUGAUGGACGGAAGAAAGUGUCUGGGUUGGAAUUGUUCUGUAGAUGUGUGGCUGCAUUGGCCACAAUAAAAGCUAUCUGGAGGGACUCUCAGGU